GUGGCCUCCGCUGCCAGCCUCACCGCGGCCGAGAGAGCCUCACCCGCCCGGGCUCAGUCACCGCCGCCACCGCAGGGAGGAACAUGGAGCCCCCGGACGCCCGCGCAGGGCUGCUGUGGCUCGCCCUCGUCCUGGCGGGCCACUCAGGUGCCCAGGCUGAGGUGCACGUGUCUGUGCCCCCUCUGGUGGAGGUGUUGCAAGGAGAGCUGGUCACCCUGGACUGCAAGCCUCGGGAGCGCCCUGAGCAUUAUGUGCUGGAGUGGCACCUUGUUGACGCUACCGGGUCCCGACAUCUCCUGGCUUCCGUGGAGCCGCAGGGCUCAGAGCUCCUGGGCACAGUCCACAGCUCUCGGGGCCGCAGUCCCCCAUACAAGCUGGACUCCCGGGGCCGCCUGGUGAUAGAAAAGGCCCAGGUGGGCGAUGAGCGGGACUACGUGUGCGUGGUGAAGGCUGGCUCAGCGGGCACCUCCGAGGCCACCUCGAGUGUCCGCGUGUUUGCGACCCCCGAGGCUACGGAGGUGAUUCCCAACAAGCGGACGCUGUCUGUGUUGGAAGAGUCUGCCCAGGAGAUCGCUACCUGCAGCAGCCGCAACGGAAACCCGGUGCCCCGCAUCACGUGGUACCGGAACGGCCAGCGCCUGGAUGUACCCAUGGAGAUGAACUCAAAGGGCUACAUGACCAGCCGCACCGUCCGGGAGGCCUCCAGCCUGUACUCCCUGACCAGCACGCUGUACCUGAGGCUCUACAAGGAGGAUCGAGACGCCAGAUUCCACUGCGCCUCCCACUACAAGCUGCCCUCGAACGAGCACGGCCGCCUGGACAGCCCCGACUUCCGCCUCACGCUGCACUAUCCAACCGAGAAUAUAGAGUUCUGGGUGGGGAGCCCAUCCACCACAGAAGGCUGGGUGCGUGAGGGUGACGCUGUCCAGCUGCUCUGCCAGGGUGACGGCAGCCCCAGUCCAGAUUACUCCUUUUUCCGCAUACAGGGCACCCAGGAGAAACCGUUAAAUGUCAGCCUCAAGGGGAACUUGACCCUGGAGGGCGUGCAUCGGGACCAGAGCGGAGUCUAUGGCUGCAGGGUUGAGGACUACGACCUCUACGAGGAAACUCCGCUUGUCAAGAGCCUGGAGCUGCGCGUGGCCUAUCUGGAUCCCUUGCUGCUGAGUGUGCCUGAGGAGCUCUCUGUGUUCCUGAACAGCAGUGACACGGUGGUGGACUGCUCGGCCAGUGGCCUGCCGGCCCCUACUGUGCGCUGGACCAAGGAUUCUGUGACCCUCACAGAUGGCCCCCAGCUCUCGCUCGACUCGGUUACCUUUGACUCCGUUGGCACCUACACGUGUGAGGCCGAUACACCCAUCGUCCCCCUCCUGAGCCGGACGCAGAGUUUCCAGCUGGUGGUCCAAGGGCCACCGGAGAUAAGACCGAACGAGAUAAAGCCCGUCUCGGGGAGCAGCUGGACGGAAGGCGAUGAAGUCAUGCUGACCUGCUCAGCCAGAGGCUACCCGGAGCCCAAACUCACCUGGAGUCAGCCAGGCGACACUCCGGCAGAGCUGCCCUUGGAGGGCAAAGGCUGGAGGAGCAGCUCGCUGAUGGUGAAAGUGACCAGCGCCCUGAGCCGAGAGGGCGUGGCCUGUGAGGCUUCUAACAUCCACGGCAAGAAACACCACGUGUUCCACUUCGGCUCCGUGAGCCCCCAGACCGCCCAGGCUGGAGUGGCCGUCAUGGCCGUAGCCGUCAGCGUGGGUCUCCUGCUGCUCGUGGUCGCUGCUUUCUAUUUCAUGAGACGCAAGGGGCGCCCCGGCUGCUGCCGGCGAGCCGAGAAGGGGGCUCCACCAGCCAGGGAACCAGAAAUGAGCCACUCUGGCUCGGAUCGUCCGGAACAGACGGGUCUCCUCAUGGGCGGGCCCUCCGGAGGAGGCAGAGGAGGCAGCGGGGGUUUUGGAGAUGAGUGCUGAAACCAGGAACCGCCCGGAGGCCGUCUCUGGAUCUGGAGCAUCGUUGGAGGACCGGCUCAGCGCGCAAGCCCCCGCCUCCUCCUUCCUCCUCCAGCCUUGGCCCUCCCUUCCUUCCUCUGCCUGCUGGACAGGGACCCACAGUGGCCAGCGGCCUCAGGGAGGGAAAGAAGGAGGGGGGCUGGGAAGGGGCCUUCCUCCAGGGAAUGUAACUCUCCCAGGCCCCAGAAUAGCUCCUGGAGCCAAGCCCAGGGCCCGGCCAGGGACGCUGCGCUGAGGGUCGGCAGGCCGGGUUAUUUUUACCUCCUGACUCCCUUGCUGGGCACUGCCCCCACCUGGUAGCCUGCUGUGUAGUCUGACACUGGAGUCCCCAACCCACCCCAUCCCUUCCCAUCUGCCCCCAGCCCCUCAUUUGUGGACACUGGAUUCAGAAAUAAAUGCUGCCUGUCACGUGGA